AUGAUCAAGAGGGAGCACCCCGAAAAACGGGAAAGGGCCCCCAAUGAGCCCGCCUACACAGAAAGAAAGAAAAAAAAAAGGCGACAAAAGUUCAACUCCUCAGGAGGUAAAUAUCCAAACGAUUUAAAAAGUAGCCUCUACAAUAUGUGCCUCAAUUUUGCAUACAGUGAUAUCUAUCAAGACUACAUAAACAGAUUAAGUCUAAAUUGCCAAAACAAUUGCGAUUACGACCAAAUAAGGAGAAGCCCUUUUAUCCCCAGGGAGGAUUUUUUCAAGUAUUAUAAUUUCCCCCUUUACGACAACAACUUUGAGUUAGAAUCAGAACAAUUCUAUGAAGAUGAAAUUUGGAAAAACUCCGAUGAUGAUGUUAGCGGUGUGGAGGAGGUGGGGAAGUACGUUUUGGAGAGAUACGACGCGUGGAGGUAUAAGGCCAGGACCAGUCGAAUAAAGAACAUCAUCCUGGGGAUGCCCGAUCGUAAAGGGGUUGUCCUACCAGGGGGGGGUGGCGGUGGUGAUAGUGCUGCUCACCGAAGAGACGACCACGAUGACGAUGGCGAUGAUUGCGACGACGAUGGCGCAGCCUCAACAUCGUACGCCUCCCAACUCUUCCGAGUUAUCAGUCAAAGGAAAAAUUGCAACCCGGGGGCUGACAACCACCGCGGCAGUGGCGACAGCAGGGUGGUCAAAUUUCAGAGGAGGAAUGAAAUGCUAAGCGAAUCGAUCAGGGGAUACACCCACGGAGGAGAGAGAAAGAGCUGCCUCGAAAAGGUGAAGAGACAAGUUCUCUCAUUUUGCAACAAAGUGUAUGACGCGAGGGACCCCUCCUUCAUGUCCAGCUUGAACAUUUAUUUUUUGAACUACCACGAUAUUGGCAAGAGAAAAAUAAAGAACGCUGGUAAUGAGGACUACAUAUGCAUGGUGCAGAAUUUGGCGGAGGCGCAGGCGGACCCCCUCGUUGGCAGGUAUUACAAGGGCGUCCACAUGGUGCAGGGGCAGGAGCAGGUGCAGCAAGCGCAGAAGCAGAUGGCUCAGCAUCGCGAGACGCACCCCCACGAGUGCGUCCUCACCGCACCGGGGGGAAGUCACUUCAAAGAAGAAGACCCACUGCACGGACAGGCGAAGCACAGUGUGGACGAACUGGCAGACGUGCAACAAGAGAAAUGGCCGCAAAGUAGCCAAAAAGGAGAAAACGAAACGGGUAGCGCACCCUCGAAUGGGCUCAGUGAACAGCACGGGUUGGAACUCGAAGGGGAUAGAAAUGGAAGAAGGGGUGACAAAAAAGUGCGGUUAAGCGGAAAUUGGGAUGAAGCGGCCAAAUCGGGAGAGCCCAAACGGAGUGCCAGCAAAAAUAUGAAACGACUAUGUUCAGAAGAAAUUGAAAUAUAUUUUAAAAAAGUUUUAAAAAACGAAAUUAUAAACUUUAAUCAAAAAAGAAUUAAUAAGCGAGACAGAUGGAAUUCGCUAUGCCAGUUUGUCUGUUCCUGCAUAGGAGCGUCGCUCACCGCUCAGUGCUACGUAGACUUGCCGCCAAUCAGCUCCUCCCUUGAUUAUGCCCUUCUGUUGUUACUGCUCCUCUUUUGCUACCUAUUUAUCGGUCUGCCAAUUCUUCAAAUGGAAUAUGCCCUCGGUCAACUAUCGCAAGGGUGCAUAAUCAAUGGCUUAAGCUUUUUAAAAAAAAAAUACAGAGGGGUGGCAAUCGCUUCGUUGCUCAUAUCCUUUUGCGUACUAUCGAGAGGUGUUAACGACGCGGUGGACACUGCCAUUGUUGUUGUCUCCUCGGUGAGAAAACCUUUGCCUUGGAAUUUGAACCAGAACCAAUGUGAGGGGAUCCCACUCAGGGGGGACUGCCUCCGGAAGGGGGAAUGCAUAUGGGUGACGGCUAGCACCGGAAGGAAUGACGCCCUUGGGGGGCAUCCCCCCGAAAGGUUAUUCUAUCCGGGCCAACAAUUCAACAUUUUAAACGCACAAAUGAGGAGUAAACGGAACCGGUCCAUGCUGAGUGAAAUUCAACCGAAGGGGGAUCACUGCACAUCUGAUGGUACCUCUGAGUGGCACCGUUUCUUCUCCAAAGACGUAAAAUUGGUUUGGAAAAUCGGGGCGCUCUUCCUAAUUACACUCACUUUGUAUUUCCUGCUGAGGGUGGAGGGCAUGUGUCUAACUCAGUGCCUGCAGUAUACAUUCUUCCUCUUCUUCUUUGUAGCGCUUUUUCAAAUUUUUGUUCUUUCCUGCGAAUUGAAGUCUACCAGUAGGGUUGCCAUCAGCGAGGAGGGGACCCACCCGAUAGACGGGCACACCAACGGCAGUAUCUUCUUCAGCACCGACUAUUUUUUUUACCUAAAUUUCGAAGUAAUAGCAAAGGUAUGUACCCUCGUGUUGGUGUCUCUAAAUUGCAGCACAGGAGUUAACUACCUCUUUUCUUCCUACAGUAAUGUUGGGGAUAACCUCUUUGCAUCUGCGUGGUACGUCGUGUUGGGCUCCUUCAUCGGGGUAGCCACACACAUGGCACAUUACUACGUGUGUGUGCAACUGUUGAGUAGCGUUCCCACUGGGAGAGGAACUUUGGAGGUAAUGAUGCCACCAACUUGUGGUGGAUCCCCUAACAGCAUUUGCUCUCUUCCCGAUUUGUUUUCUAAAAGGGGAGACCCAAUUAACAAUUUCAUCGUUUAUAUGGCUUCCCUAUCGAGAGUGAACUUCCAAAAUAUGAUGAGCUUCACCUACUUCCUGUGUUCCUUGCUGGCCUUGCUCACCUCCUCUGCUCUCCACUUGAAGGGGAUAAUACUCGUGCUGAAGGAGAGUAGAAAGUUUAAAGGCAUCAAAAAGAAGGUGAUCACCCUGUUUGUAAUUGUGGGGUAUUGCCUUUUGGGGCUUCUAUAUUUAUCCCCCUUUGGGCACAACGCAAAUUUGAUUAUGAACGCCAAUUUGAAAGGCAGCCUGAGGGAGAAGCUCUACUGGUUGUACUUCUUUAACGUGGACACCUUGCGGACCAGGCUGAACAAAAUUUUGCAUGGAAGAAGGAGGUCAUACGAUUUAGCAAAAGGGGAAGAGCACCCCUUUGCCGUUUUCCUCUUCCAAAAAUUGACAAUUCAUUGGUGUUUCUUAAUGAAGUUUUUCAUCCCCCAGAUUUUACUCACCAUCGUUUUGAGCAACGUCCUCUACAAUGUGCAUCUCUGCCUCCACAGGGGGGUCAAACUUGUGGGGCUUCACUCCCCUAAUCAGUAUGGACUCUUCGCACAGGGAGAGUCAGCUGCCCAUUCAUACCUACGGAGCUCCUCAAAUGGUGAAGGUGAAUCUGCCAAUUUGGGGGCCUUUUCAAGGGGAGUUCCAGCCGCGGUGGGGAUAACCCCCAAAGGGGGAGUCACCUUCGAGGGGACAUACCAAGAUGUACUCACAAAAACCGCAUCAAUGGGAGGAGCACACACUAUGAAGGAUACAAAACGGGAGAGCUCUUUUGGGGGCUGCGUUCACCUCAUCGGGGCCAUUGCAGCCAUAUUGCUCACCCUCUUCAUUUCGCUCCUCACCUUUGCAAGGCCAAACAAAAUGAACUGCCUCGCGUGUACCCCCACCAACACCUGGAAGAUUAGCGAUGUGGACUUUAAGCGAAUGAACCCUGUGAACUAUGCCUACACAAGGUGCAUACACUUUUGGGAGGAAAUUUUCCCCAUCGAGAGAAUUAUGCCUCCCUAUGUCCGGGCGCACAUAAGCAAGCAGGUAGAGGAGCCCAAACCAGUUACAUCUUUACACGGGGAUGACCCAACGGACGAAACGAUACAUGACAAGAGCUUUUCUUAUUUAAACAAAACUGACUAUGAAAAUUAUAUCUUCAAUUUAAUCGACCGGGGAUCCAAAUUGAGCCACUUUCCGGGCGUAAAAGGGGGGCACUAG